GACCUAAUGUUUUCAAGUUGAAGCGCGUUCGUAAACUAUUUCAAAUCAACAAACGUGGGGCAAUAUGUGAAACUUGACUUUGUCAUGAAAUGUGUAGAAGUGUGUACCAAUUUUCACAUUUUGGUUGUAAAGGGCGUUUUGGUGCUAUAUAAGGAUGGCUGAUGCGUUCAGCAUGGGGGAAUCUAUAGACGAUUACCAAGUGCUGAACCUCCUGGGGAAGGGAGGUUUUGCCUGUGUCUACAGAGCCAGGUCCAACAAGACAGGCAUGGAAGUGGCCAUUAAAAUGAUUGACAAAAAGUUAAUGAAGGCACAUGGAAUGGUAGCUAGGGUACGCAAAGAAGUUGAAAUUCACUCUCGACUGAAACAUCCAUCCAUUUUAGAGCUGUAUAACUACUUUGAAGAUAGCAAUUAUGUAUAUCUGGUGCUAGAAAUCUGCCUGAAUGGAGAACUCAACAGAUACCUGAAGGCAAACUGCAAGGUUUUGACAGAAGAUGAAGCUCAACACUUUAUGAGACAGAUAGUGGAGGGAAUGCUCUAUCUCCACUCCCAUGGCAUUCUUCAUCGAGAUUUAACUUUGGCCAACCUUCUUCUCACAAGAAAUAUGAAUGUGAAAAUUGCUGAUUUUGGCCUGGCAACUCAGCUCACAGUUCCAGAUGAGAAACAUUUCACCAUGUGUGGUACACCAAACUACAUAUCUCCUGAGAUUGCCAUGCGGUCUGCCCAUGGUUUGGAGGCAGAUGUUUGGUCUCUGGGUUGCAUGUUGUACACAUUCCUGGUUGGCAAGCCUCCCUUUGACACAGAGGCAGUAAAGAGCACACUAAACAGAGUGAUCCAUGCUGAGUUUGAUCUCCCAAGUCAUUUGUCUGAAGAUGCCAAAAACCUCAUCCAGUCUCUUCUGAAGAAGAACCCCAAAGAGAGGCUACCUCUCCCUGAUAUAUUGAAGCAUCCUUUUAUGACCUAUGACAAAGAGGCCUACAGAAAAGUUUCUAAGAACUUUGGUGACACAUCAAUUGACAGUGGAAGGGAUACCAUGGCAACUAUGACAACUUCCACCUCCUCCAGAAUGACCAAUGUCCUGAAGCCUCGCCCCUUUCAGGCAUUUCCUCUGGAGUCACAUAUUUCUGAGGAUGCUGAAAAGAUCUUCCAGAACAAGAAGUUCAGCUAUGAGGAGAAUGAAGUGGCUAACCUGAAUCAGAGAAUUCCUCCAAGUACUGCCGUGUCGCGUCAUCCACCCUCCCCUCCAGUUCGUCUGCGGGAUAGUGACAGAAGCACUGAGAGACAACAGUUCCUAAGAAGUAACAGUCAAGACAAAGGUAGAAAUAUGGAGCUUUACUCUGUAGAGCGUAGCCUAGAGGAAAUCCAUGGAGUCAAGCAGAACAACAGGCCCCCGCCCCAGUUUGAUCCUGCCAAGUACCAGGAUAACAGGUCCAACACACCCAGCAACUCCUCGGGGUGGUCCUGUAGCCUGUCACUCCAUAGCAACGACCCAAAAGCCGUGGCCAGUCCCGCCAUGCAUGGAUACAGUGACACUAGCAGCCACGGAAUGACCAGGCCUUCUGCCAGUGAUCUGUCCUCACACAGCAGUGAAUUCAGUCUGUACAACACCAAGAAAGUGCUCAACUUUGAGAGUGACAGUCUGCACGUUAAAAAAAGUUUUGAUUAUCAGAAUGAACAGGAAUAUUUUUAUGGCUUACGAAAGCCAUAUAGCUCCCAUGAUAUAGACACUAAUGCCAGCAGCAAAUCAGAACAGUUCAGUAAGCCAGAGGUGACUAAAAGUGUAAAGGACAAUUUUUUGCAUUAAUGAAAAAUGGGCAACAAAGGUGUUACCCCACUCUCUGCUGUCAGACUGUGUCCCAUUCGCCAAAAAACCAGGAAUGCUGUGGUGAACAUCAUGGAGAAUGGAGAGGUGUGUCUGGAGUUUGUGAAACAGAAGCAGAAGGUAGACAAAGUGAUGGAGGUCUUUGUCAUCUCACCAGACGGCCUGAACAUCAAAGUCUACCAGCCAAACUCCGGGAAAGGGGAACCAGUCUCUGACCACCCAGUGCCCCUCCCAGAGACUCCCUCAAAGCAGUUCUCUUUUGAGGAGCUCCCAGAGAAAUACUUCAAAAAGUACCAGUAUGCUGGAAGGUUUGUGAAGCUUGUGAGAUCCAAGACACCCAAAGUGACAAUCUACACCAGUAAAGCCAAGUGUAUGUUGAUGGAGAAUUCACCGAACCAUGACUUUGAGGCGGUGUUUUAUGAUGGUGCUAAGUUUACAAUGAACUCCACAAACAUUCGGAUCAUUGAGAAGACUGGUACCUCGCUGGUCCUGGACUCUGGGGAUACCCAGCAGAGGCUGGCCGAGGAGACACAGCAGCUGCUGGAGUACGUCAAACAAUGUCGGCAGCAGUGCCUAGAGCUGGAGUCUGUCAUCGAGGCCGUACAACAGAGGUGCAGCACCAAGGGCCAGCAGUUCUUCCCCGUCAUCAUCGGACGACGACCAAAUGUGAACCUGAAUGACUCUCAGAGAUCUCACUCUACAAGUGACCCUCCUAGUUCCCUCGGGAUGGACAAUAUCAGCACCCCCUCUUCUGGAUCAGGAAGGCCCCCUACAAUGUCUUCUUUUGAUGGAACAGUGGUCAGCACUGUAACAGAGCUAGUGGAUCCCUCCUCUGCCUCACGACUGACGGAUGACUCUCAUGACCAGACACUGAGGGCUCAACAGAUAGCGGAGCGCCUGGGAAACAUCAGCCCCACCUCUACUCUACAGAGUGAGAGAGUCACCAAUACCAGUCCUACCUCUAGUCACAGUAGCAGCACACAGUUACGCAAAGCCACCGUCAUACGCAGUGUUUUUGUCAAAGAUAUUGGAUGGGCAUCACAGUUGUCUAAUGGAGAGAUAUGGGUGAAGUUUGAUGAUGGGACCCAGAUAGGGGUGAAACCAACCACUACCACAGUUAAAUAUGUGGAUGUACAAGGGAAACUUUUUAGAUUUCAGAGAACUGACAUUCUUCCAGAAGCAGUGAAGGUGAGAUUGGGGAAGGUCCCUGUGGUGCUGGAGGCCCUCAUGCAGGACACCCCGCCCACCUCCGCCCCCUCAAGUACCUUCCGAUAGGAUGAGACUCCCCCUCACCUAGAAAUCUCAACCUUUACCUGUCUGUGAUAGUGCCAUAAUUGACCCAUUACUCAUUUCUCCUUAGUGCUGUGAUAUUCUGUAGGCAGCUAAUGUCAUUGUACAUAUCUCUCAAGAUAUAAUUAACAAAGAAUUAGGAAGAAGAUUGACGCUUUUAGUCAGUUUGUACAGGGUUAUACAUAAUGUACAUAUCAGAAGAUAAAAGAAAUAUUAGUUUUCCAGAUUGUACAUGACAGAGAUGUAUAUAUCAUAGAUUUUUUCUGGUUCAGUAUAAAUUGUUGCUGUUAUUUAUAGCUUAAGUCUGUAGUUUAGUGCUAUUGGCUAUGGUAGGAUGGAUUGUUUGUGCUGGUUCAAGUUUUAUUUAUUUUUAAUAUAGUACAACUGUAUUGUGUUCAUUUCUUUAUUUUUGAUUUUUUAAGCAUAAAUAAUGUUCAUUAAGCAUUGGAGUUUCUCCUUACACAUUUUAUUAUUUUAACAGAAUUUUAUUUUUCACACAAGCUAGAUUUUUAUUAUCACAGUUUUUUCUCUUACACAUUCACAAAUGGACAUUUUUUUCUCACCUUGAUGUCAAUUUUAAAAGGAAAAAAGCUAGCAGGUUAUUUUUAAAGUUUUCGAUUUGUUUUAAAUGGUGUUUUACUAAUAAACUAUUUGAAGGAAUUCUUAAAUUCUCAUUGUUUAGAUCAAAUAAGAUAUUUGUUAUAUUGAAUUAUAUGAUUAUUUAUUGUUGAAUACCAUAGCCAA